GUAUCAUAUGUGUGUUAUGAUUAUUUCGAUUAGUAAAAAAAUUCGUGUAGUUUGACAGGUUUCAUUUGCGUUGUGAAAGUAGUUGUAUACAGGAGCAUAGAAGAAUUUUUUAAUUUCGUCGUAAGUUUCUAGUACAUUGUAAUGGAAACCGAAAGACGAACGGAUUUAUACGAAGAAUGGAAGAAACGGGCCUUUCUGGGCCCUCUUCCUCAGGGGUUCCUUAGAGUAGAGGAACGCAGUGUCCAACAGCAACAAGAGGCUGCAGAUGAACAGGCUGCGCUUGCACUUCAUCAAUUACAGAUGCAAAACGCGCCUGCGGUGCACGAGCCACAUGUUGGUAGACUUGGUAUAACAAUUGUUCAGGCUAAUCUAGUCAAAAAUUAUGGGAUGACCAGAAUGGAUCCUUACGUACGACUGAGAGUAGGCCAUGCAGUUUAUGAGACACACACAUGUUCAAAUGGAGCAAAGAAUCCACAUUGGAACAAAGUGAUUCAAUGUUGUUUACCACUAGGAGUUACACGAAUAUAUGUAGAAAUUUAUGACGAGUGUUCCUUCGUCAUGGAUGAGUUGAUAGCAUGGGGCCACAUAGACAUUCCACCUCAGGUCCUUCAGAAUGGAGAGACGCAUGAGGAUUGGUACAUGCUUAGUGGAAAGCAAGGAGACUACCAGGAGGGAAUGAUAAAUCUAGUUUUUAGUUAUACGACCAAGGUUCAUCCGUAUGUGAGUGCACCACCAAUUAUGAUGGUACCUUCUUCGAGAAGGUAUGGUAUGAGAAAGUGUUCAUCAGUGAACGUUUACACAACACCACCUGUAGCUACUGCACCAUCAACUGUGCCCAGUGCUAUGCCAAGUGCUGAGAUUCAAUUGAAACAGAUUUCAGAAAUGUUCCCGAACGUCGAUAGGGAAGUAAUUAAGUCUGUUUACGAUGCGAAUAAUGGGAAGAAAGAUGUAACUAUAAAUUCAUUGCUCCAGAUGUGUGAAUAAGUAGUUUUUUUAACGCUGAUUAUUCUAUUUAAUUCCAAAGGCCAUAUUUGUAUUUUCUGCUACGCUGUAUUCCUUUCGAAAUGUAAUAUAUAUUUGCAAUCUAUUGCCAUGCAUUUUAUGGUAUCGUAACAUUCAGUAACUUUAAUAAGGAAAUUCAUAAGACUUUAUCGGGCAGGGAAAUAUAUUUUCUAAGAAAGUACCACUUAUAAUGUUUCCUGUAUUUAUUGAUCCUCUACUUCUUUAUUUAUUGUAAAUACAAUCAUGCGUGAUCCGAGUAGCUGCAGUCUUUUGUGUAUUGUAUAAAAGAAAUGGAAUGAAGUGGUUUUACUUUCGUUAAAAAAAAAUCUUUCAAAUUUUAUUCUUUAUAAAAAUAUAUAUAACAAUAUAAAAAAUAUACGCGUAUAUUCUCAAUUUUGUGUGUUGAGGGACAUAAACGAAUGUUUGAACCUAGACUAAUAUACGUUCUUAAGGCAGUAGAACGUCAUAAAAUGCUAUAAACCAUUCCAUGUGCUUCUUUGUUGUUUCUAAUACCAAGUUAGGGAAGCAUUUGUAACUUUUCUAACGAUUAAAAUAUAGUAAUUUAUAAAUUCAUAAAUGCUACACAAAAUAAUAAGAUUUACUUUUUUUUCACCUGCACCUUCGUUUCCAUAAAUAAAGUACGUUGACUUGUACGUCAUUUUUAACAAUGAAUUCAUCCGUUAAAUUAAAAUCAUUUUUUCUUUGUA